AUGUCAGGCUCUUCCUGGCUCUUUCUCAGCCUUGUUGCUGUAACUGCUGCUCAAUCCACGACUGAGAAAAACGCCACGAUAUUUUUGGAGAAUUUUAACUCUGAAGCUGAAGACCUGUCUCAUGAAAGUGCGCUUGCUUCUUGGAAUUAUAACACCAAUAUUACCGACGAGAAUGCCCAAAAAAUGAAUGAAGCUGACAGCAAGUGGUCUGCCUUUUAUGAAAAACAGUCCAAGCUUGCCCAAACUUAUCCACUACAAGAAAUUCAGAAUCUUACAAUCAAGCUUCAAUUGCAGGUCCUUCAGCAGAAUGGGUCAUCAGUCCUCACAGCAGACAAGAGCAAACGAUUGAGCACAAUUCUAACUACAAUGAGCACCAUCUACAGUACUGGAAAAGUUUGUAACCCAAAUAAUCCACAGGAGUGCUUAACACUUUCAGGCUUGGAAGACAUAAUGGAGAAGAGCAAAGAUUAUAAUCAAAGGCUCUGGGUUUGGGAAGGCUGGAGGUCUGAGGUCGGCAAGCAGCUGAGGCCAUUAUAUGAAGAGUAUGUGGUCCUGAAAAAUGAGAUGGCAAGAGGAAACAAUUAUGAGGACUAUGGGGAUUAUUGGAGAGGAGAUUAUGAAACAGAGGGGGAAAAUGGCUAUAACUAUAGCCGAAGCCAGUUGACUGAAGAUGUGGACCGUAUCUUUUUAGAGAUUAAACCAUUAUAUGAACAUCUUCAUGCUUAUGUCAGAGCAAAGUUGAUGGAUACCUAUCCUUCCCGUAUCAGUCCGACUGGAUGCCUCCCUGCCCAUUUGCUUGGUGAUAUGUGGGGUAGAUUUUGGACAAAUCUGUACAAUCUGACAGUCCCCUUUGAACAGAAACCAAACAUAGAUGUUACUGAUGCAAUGAAGGAACAGUCCUGGGAUGCAGAGAAGAUAUUCAAGGAGGCUGAGAAGUUCUAUAUGUCUGUUGGACUUCCUAGUAUGACUCCAGGAUUCUGGAAUAACUCCAUGCUGACUGAGCCAGGCGAUGGCCGGAAAGUGGUCUGCCACCCCACAGCUUGGGACCUGGGGAAGAACGACUUCAGGAUCAAGAUGUGCACAAAGGUGACCAUGGAUGACUUCCUGACAGCCCAUCAUGAGAUGGGACACAUCCAGUAUGACAUGGCAUAUGCCACACAACCCUACCUACUAAGAAAUGGAGCGAAUGAAGGAUUUCAUGAAGCUGUUGGGGAAGUCAUGUCACUUUCUGUAGCUACACCCAAGCACUUGAAAGGCAUGGGUCUUCUGCCAUCUGAUUUUUCUGAAGACAAUGAAACAGAAAUAAACUUCCUACUCAAACAAGCACUUAAUAUUGUUGGGACUCUACCGUUCACUUACAUGUUAGAAAAGUGGAGGUGGAUGGUCUUUAAGGGUGAAAUUCCUAAAGAGCAGUGGAUGAAAAAGUGGUGGGAGAUGAAGCGAGAAAUAGUCGGAGUGGUGGAACCUCUGCCCCAUGAUGAAACAUACUGUGACCCCGCAUCUCUAUUCCAUGUUGCUAAUGAUUACUCAUUUAUCCGUUAUUUCACAAGGACCAUUUUUGAAUUCCAGUUUCAAGAAGCCCUCUGUCAAAUAGCUAAACAUCAAGGUCCCCUGCAUAAAUGUGAUAUCUCAAAUUCUACUGAAGCUGGGAAUAAGCUGCUUGAAAUGCUGAAACUUGGAAAAUCAAAACCCUGGACCUUCGCACUGGAAAAGAUUACAGGAACAAAGAAAAUGGAUGCAAAACCACUGCUCAACUACUUUGAGCCUUUGUUUACCUGGCUGAAAGAGCAGAAUGGGAAUUCUGUGGGAUGGCACUCUGGGAAUUAUGUGGGAUGGUCCUCCGACUGGAGUCCAUAUGCUGAUCAAAGCAUUAAAGUGAGGAUAAGCCUAAAAUCAGCUCUUGGAGAAAAAGCAUAUGAAUGGAAUGACAAUGAAAUGUACUUGUUCCGAUCAUCGGUUGCAUAUGCCAUGAGAGAGUAUUUUUUAAAAAUGAAAAACCAGACGAUUCCUUUUAGGGCAGAGGACGUGUGGGUGAAUGAUGUAAAACCAAGAGUCUCCUUCAAGUUCUUUGUCACUUCACCUACAAAUAUGUCUGACAUCAUUCCUAGAAGUGAAGUUGAAGAUGCCAUCAGGAUGUCCCGGAGUCGUAUCAAUGCUGCUUUUCGCCUGGAUGACAACAGCCUGGAGUUUCUGGGUAUUCAGCCUACACUAGGACCCCCUUACCAACCACCUGUCACCAUAUGGCUGAUUGUUUUUGGAGUUGUGAUGGGAGUGGUAGUAAUUGGUAUCGGUGUGCUCAUCUUCACUGGAAUCAGAGACCGAAAGAAGAAAAACCAAGCAGGAAAUGAAGAAAAUCCUUAUUCUUCUGUGAAUUUGAGUAAAGGAGAAAAUAAUCCAGGAUUCCAAAGUGGUGAUGAUGUUCAAACUUCAUUUUAGA